AUGGCGUGGAAUAAUUCUACGAUCCAAGCGUCUCAAAAUAUUUCAAACAACACAUAUUCAAGUGACGACUAUGGACAGGAGAAUAUAGCCGUUAAAGUAACGAAGUUUAUUCUGUAUGCAUUCGUCUUCGUCGUGGGUUUUGGCGGCAAUUCCAUGGUUAUAUGGAUGACGAUAUAUAAGAAAAAAGUCACCCGGACUUUUCAUAAUUUGCUGUUAUGCAAUUUGGCAAUAGCUGACAUUUCCUUGCUCGCAAUAAAUCUACCGUUUCGUCUUGCCUAUCAAGAAAACAACUACGUUUGGCCUUUUGAAAGCGUCUUGUGCAGAAUCAUACCGUCGUUCAUGUAUCUUUUUCUGACGUUGUCUUCGUUGACAUUGAUCAUGUUGUCUUUGGAAAGAUGUAGAAAAAUUAAUUCUUCGACCGUUACGAAGGAUACUGUGACAAAUUUUCAUAUCUUGCUGGUGUCUCUGUUAUGGGUAGCCUCUUCUGUAGUAACACUUCCGUUAUUUAUUUUUCUAACUGUGGUACAUCGAAAUGGAAAUCCUGUGUGCUCAGACAUAUGGCCAUCAAAAAUAUUCGAGCAAGCCUACUUCACGGUCUUAUUCGUAGUAGAAUUUUUUAUUCCUACUAUCGUAAUGAUCUUCGUUUAUGUUAAUGUUGGAAUAAUACUGCGAAGAAGUCAUGGUAAACUUCGAAAACUUGGACUGUUUAAUAAGAAGAACAAGCAUCGAAAGGUAAGGAUGUUGGAAUGUAUUCGCGAGAAUUUAUCAGUUGCAUGGAAGUUUCAGGAUCGAUGCAAAAAAUCCAUGAACGACGAUCACGCAUGCUGUCAUGCGUACUUCGACAUGCACUUUUUCAUUUUAUAG